UUCUGUCCCAACAACCCACUCGUUGGACUAUAUACUUAUAAAUAAUACUAUCAUGCAUAACUGCAAGAAAUUGCAGGGAAAAACAUCCCCAAUUUUCUGCUUUAAAAGCAAAGAUUUGCGAGGGAGUAACGAAAAUAAUCGAAAUGGAAGGGGAAGAAGAUACCUCAACCUCAUUCUGCAAAGACGUACCCAAUCUCCUAUCAUCAUUUGUUGACACCUUCGUUGACUUCUCAGUCAGCGGACUCUUCCUCCUCCCUCCGCCGCCAUCGCCGCCGCCGCUGCCCACGCGGCUGCUUUCCCCGCGCCGCCUGAUCGCCAUCGGCGACCUCCACGGCGACCUCAAGAAGACCAAGCAGGCGCUGCGCCUCGGCGGCCUGAUCGAUGCCUCUGACCGUUAUAUCGGUGGCUCCGCCACCGUAGUCCAGGUCGGCGACGUCCUAGACCGCGGCGGCGAUGAGCUCAAAAUCCUCUAUUUCCUCGAGAAGCUGAAGCGCGAGGCGGCGCGUAGCGGCGGCAGGAUUAUCACCAUGAACGGUAAUCACGAGAUUAUGAAUGUUGAGGGAGAUUUCAGGUAUGUGACGGAAACUGGGGUAGAGGAAUUUAGGGUUUGGGGGGAAUGGUUCCGAAUGGGGAAUAAUAUGAAGAGUUUGUGUAGGGGUUUGGAAGUUCCAAAAGACCCCUUGGAAGGGAUUCCAAUGGGGUUUAACGGCGUGAGGAAGGAGCUAUUUGAUGGGUUUAGGGCCAGGGUUGCGGCGUUACGGCCCAAUGGCCCAAUUUCGAGGAGGUUUUUGGCGCAGAACGUUACUGUGUUGAUCGUUGGUGAUUCAAUUUUCGUUCACGGCGGGUUGUUGCCGCAGCAUGUUUCUUAUGGUUUGGAGAAGAUUAAUGAGGAAGUUAGGGAUUGGCUUAGAGGUUCCACGGGGCAGUUUUCGCCGCCAUAUUGCCGGGGCAGGGAUGCUGUGGUUUGGUUGAGGAAAUUCUCCGAUGAGGUUGAGAAGGAUUGUGAUUGUUCGACCCUUGAGCAUGUUCUGUCCACGGUUCCUGGUGUGAAGAGGAUGAUCAUGGGCCACACGAUUCAGACGGCCGGGAUUAAUGGCGCUUGCGAAAACCGGGCUAUUCGGAUCGAUGUGGGUAUGUCCAAGGGUUGUGGUGAUGGUUUGCCUGAGGUUUUGGAGAUAAAUGGGACUUCCGGGUUGCGCAUAUUGACAUCAAAUCCCUUGUAUCAGAGUAAGGGCAAUGCAUCUAGCUUGGAUGUUGGGAAGGACGAAGGUUUUGGAUUAUUGCUUCCAGAACAUGGUGGACCUAAGCAAGUGGAAGUUAAGGCUUAAGGGUCUUAUGCAUUACUUUCAACUUCAAACAAUUGGUUAGAGGAUUGUUUACAGGUUCUGAUUUUAUCUUUUAUUUGUCUGCAAUUCGCCCCUAAGGUUUCGUUAGGUUACUGAAUUUCAGUGAAUAUCUAGGGCUACUGGUAAAUAAUGAUUGCUUAAAUCAAGGCAAAUGUUGCAAUGAAGGUUUAUCCUUCUUAUGAGAAAUGUAAAGUACAAUAUAAACUGCAUUUAUUUUUUAGAGAUGUGAGAUUAGAAAGUAUCUCUUCCCUUUGCUUUUUAAUUUAGUGGUGAUGGUUUGGAGCUUUUGGGUGAUGCAUAUUCCCUUCAAACUU